AUGAGAAGCGAGGUCCCAUGGGAGCCCCUGAAAUUGCUUACGGUCCUAUUCUUUGCAAUACUUUCGGCGACUGCCAAUUGGGCCGCAUUGUCUUAUAUUCAUGAUUUUGUUGAUCUGUAAGUUAUUGAUUCAAAUUUCAUAAAUUAAGAAACAACGUAUUUUACCAUUGUUAUUUAUUAAUUUAAAUUAAAGCCGUUUUUGCGAAGUAACGAAGUUUUUUUGCUUGGCAGAUGCUCGGCGCAGGCUCGGCGGAGAUAUGGCGAAGGCUUAUAAUAUGAUCGGUUUUCUAAUUUUAGCUAUUGCUGACCUUAAUUUUCUUGACCAUGAGAUAAUACAUAAUAAUGAUUAAAAAAAUAGAAAAGACCAAAACAUGUUCCACAAAUCAACCACUCGUAGGUUUUACCUGCAUAUUUUUGCAGUAAUACAUGUAGAACUCCCCAAAAAAUUGAUAAAUUAUCCUAGGACUUGAUAGCUAUUAUUACUUCUAUUAACUGAACCUUCUUCUAGCCUCUACGAGGCGGCAAAAUUAUCGUUGACCUGAAAAGCUCCAGUGGCGGACUUGAUGCAGUGCCAAGAAACGAACCAUUUUUGCAUCUGGAAAGUAUCAAAAUAUCAGCAAAAUACUUACCUUUCCAACUAAAAAAAACUCUGUUUUGAAGGGUUUACCUCACAAAAAGAGCUAUCGCGCUUUUGAAAUUGAUUAGAAACGGAAGUAUUUUGCUGUGUUUUUGAUACUUCCCUGAUGCAAAAUGGUGAUUUUUUGCCACUGGAUCACUGUAAUUUUAUAUUUAAUAGCAUAAAGCUUCUUUACACCGUAUUUUACCAAGCAAUUUUUACAUUUAAUUCAACAACAACCCUAAUUUCAGAAGCCCCCUCCCUGACGUGAUUUCCUACUGGAUUCCCCAACAAUCCUGGACCGCAUUCUACGGAGACUGGGCGGCCGGAAUCUGCGGGUUCUGUCUGUUGAUUCUAAUCAUCCUCCAUCAACAUAGAUUCGUAAUUUUCCGCCGAUUUCUUUACAUCGCCUCUUGGCUGUACGCAAUGCGAGCGAUCACUAUUCUGGCGACCCGUUUACCGCCACCAUUCGAGGAUGGAGUGGUGAAAUGUCGAAUGCAAAUCCAGAAUGCAACACAUCGGCAUUUGGAAUUGUAUUGGCAUCGAUUUGUGGAGCAGGCGGCGACGUUUGGUUUGCAGGUGAGGAAGGAGAGGAUAAGUGAAAAAAAAAUAUAAAAAUAGCUUGAAAAACUUUAUGUGACAUAGUUUUUUGAUAAUUUUGAAACUGUUGUUGCGAAGUACGUUAAAUUUCAAGUCAAAAAUUGAGCAAAUAUUCUUGUCCAUUUGGUUUUUUGUCAUAAAAAAAUCAAAAAAAAAUGAGUGAUUCUAUUUACCAUAGAGGACACCGUUACGAAAGUAUACCUCCUCAUCAAAAUUACAGUAUCUAAGGUUUGGUAAGAGCUAUCAAAAAACUGCUAAUGCCAUUCGACAGAGCAUGUAGAAGAACCUAUUAGCGCAUGGAAUCAGCCGGUUAAUAUUUAUAUCCACAAGCUUCGUUUGACAUCGCGUAUUUUACCACUAUUCAUUAUCUUCCCAAUGAUAUUCAUUUUUCGGAUUUCCCAAAAAAAAGGUUUCCUUUUAGAUUUUUGGUUACUUUUAGUGUCUAACUUUUCUACAAAGAACGUUUGUUACAAACCGGAUGCUUUUCCAGUCGUAUUUUACCAAGAACAUCAACAAUAUUCACUUUUCAUUAUGUGCUCAACGAUGUUCGUCGAGCGUUCCAAAAUUUCUCUUAUCAGCCACAGAAAGAUCCGAGCCGAAACAUGAGCUAACCUCAAACUUGGGUUAAUAAACCGACGAUAUUCCUCUUCCUCCAGCUUCUACAAAGAUCCAUCUUGGUUUUUCAAAUGGGAAACCGCACUUUUCCGGAGUUAAUUCGCCGCUCUACCCGUCUCCUGCUUAAUUCUUUACACUAGGGAGUGUUUAUAUAACGUCUUUAUUUCUCUCCGCUCUCUCAGCAAGCCCUGUUCUCUCUGCAUCAUCACCUCUCUUUUGCUUAAAACGCACUUCGCGAGCUGUGGAAGGGGGGGUCUGCCCUAGAAAUUGACCCCCACUUUUUUUUGUCUUAACUGAUGACAUAUAGGAUGCUAAAGAACUCGGUGAAUUUUUUUCUAAAAAUUCGUCAUCAUGACCGAGAUAUGACGUAUUUAUUGAAUUUCGUUUAAUGUGGUAUAUUGUACUGAUUUAUCGCCGAAACAUCUCAGAGCUGUGUAUAUAUACGUUAUUGGCCAUGCUGAACAACUUUGUAAUUGACCCGAAGUUUGUCAGGUUACUGUAACAUACCGUAACGCCCAUGCUCAAUCAAAAAAUCUCGAUUUUCUCGAUUUUUUUCAAUAAUUUUCUCGGAAUUUUUUUUCAUUUUUGGAAUCAGCAUCAAAUUCUGCAUCGGAUAGGCUAUAUCCGCAUCUCCAGAUAGGUGUACAAAAAUGUCGUGGCGCAACCGGUAGUGGGUCGGACUACCAUUCAAAAGGUCCCGGGUUCGAGUCCGGGUGGAAGCAUAAAUGCUCAAACGCGCUGGAAAUUCUCCCAAAACAGUUGUAAUGGAUUGGAACUAUGUUAAAAAUAAAUAAUAAUUAACGUUUUUCCCUAAAAAGGCUAAAUUUUGGAUUUUAAGAAAUUUUUGAAAAUCAUGAUUUUUGUGGGCCCAAAUCUGCCGAAGGAAUAAAAAUUUUUUGUUAGCGAUUUUUUUGUUUAGAAACAACACAGGUCAUAUAGAAAGACUAUUCCUCAGAGGAUUUCGUUCAAUUUUGCCCAAGACACCAAAAAAUUUUCGUAUUUUGUCAUUUGACAAAAAAUUGAAAUUAUGAUUUUCAGACGUUCCUACGCGGAAACGUUCCAAUUUUUCUAGAGCAGUUUUUUGCGCUGCCUUUAAAUAGUUUUCUGACAGCCGCGAAAAUUUUCCGCAAAAAAUUUUACAUUAUAAAAUUUGUAGAUAUUCACAUAUUUCAUGAUGUUACAGUGUUCAAUCUUGUAAAAUUUGGUAAAAAUUCGGCUCCCCAUAGACGAAAUCCUCUGAGGAAUAGUCUUUCUAUAUGACCUGUGUUGUUUCUAAACAAAAAAAUCGCUAACAAAAAAUUUUUAUUCCUUCGGCAGAUUUGGGCCCACAAAAAUCAUGAUUUUCAAAAAUUUCUUAAAAUCCAAAAUUUAGCCUUUUUAGGGAAAAACGUUAAUUAUUAUUUAUUUUUAACAUAGUUCCAAUCCAUUACAACUGUUUUGGGAGAAUUUCCAGCGCGUUUGAGCAUUUAUGCUUCCACCCGGACUCGAACCCGGGACCUUUUGAAUGGUAGUCCGACCCACUACCGGUUGCGCCACGACAUUUUUGUACACCUAUCUGGAGAUGCGGAUAUAGCCUAUCCGAUGCAGAAUUUGAUGCUGAUUCCAAAAAUGAAAAAAAAUUCCGAGAAAAUUAUUGAAAAAAAUCGAGAAAAUCGAGAUUUUUUGAUUGAGCAUGGGCGUUACGGUAUGUUACAGUAACCUGACAAACUUCGGGUCAAUUACAAAGUUGUUCAGCAUGGCCAAUAACGUAUAUAUACACAGCUCUGAGAUGUUUCGGCGAUAAAUCAGUACAAUAUAUCACAUUAAACAAAAUUCAAUAAAUCCGUCAUAUCUCGGUCAUGAUGACGAAUUUUUCGAAAAAAAUUCACCAAGUUCUUUACCAUCCUAUAUGUCAUCAGUUAAGACAAAAAAAAGUGGGGGUCAAAUUCUAGGGCAGACCCCCAUUUGAGCCUGCUUCAGCAACUCGCGAAGUGCGUUUUAAGCACACAACAGAGAUAGCGUUUUAAUAAUAACGAGAGAAGAUUUGUGAUGAAAGGGAUAGCGAAUGCUAUAGAAGACAGCUCAAGGAGACCGCAAGAGCGCUGGAUUUCCUCCAGAAUAAUAUGAGAGAUAACAGUCAAUUUUGAGAUCGCAGAGAGUCAGAGAAACAAAAAAAGAGCCGGCUUAUUCGCCGAUUGAACUGACAAACGGUAAAGAAGCGAAUUAACUCCAAGAAGACGCACUUUCCCAACUGAAACUGGAGUCAUCGCUGAAAGAGAAGCGGAGUGGAAGGGGAAAUCGUCGGUUUAUUAACCCAAGUUUGAGGUUAGCUCAUGUUUCGGCUCGGAUCUUUCUGUGGCUGAUAAGAGAAAUUUUGGAACGCUCGGCGAACAUCGUUGAGCACAUAAUGAAAAGUGAAUAAAUAUUUUUGCUGUUGUUUGUUAAAAUAUGGUAGAUUUUUAUGCAACUUUGGAAACAGAGAGACGUCGAGUUCUUCGGCAUGCCAAAACGUUCAUUAAAAUACAUCUCAUACAAAGCCCUUCCAGGACACAAACAAGCCGAUAUUGUGUGGAGACCUUCUGUUCUCCGGCCACACCAUUAUUAUGGUCCUCAGCGCUUUGAUGGUUCGACAUUACAUUCCCAAAAAAUACUAUUUCAUCAGUCAUAUUACAUCGUUGAUCAGUGUGGUUGGUGUGAUCUGCAUGUUGAUCAGCCGCAAUACGUAUACAGUCGAUGUGAUUGUCGCGUAUUGGCUGGCGAGUUUUGUUUUCACGUAGGUUUGCCAGCGGUUUUUAGAGCAUUUUUUUGAAAAAAAAUCUCAUCAUAAUUGCAGCCUCUACCACUCAGUGAUUGAAGUCGAUCGUUCCAUUCGAACUGAAGGCGUUUCGUAUUGGCUUUGGUUCGCCCAGAUUACCGAAUGGCUCGAGAGGAAUGUGCAUCACGAUUGUUUCGAGAACAAGUUCGUCUUUCCGGUCGAUUUGACCAUUCGACCGACAAAUGAGGAGAUUGAAGAGUUGGGGAGGGAAAUCGAAGCCAGAGAAAAGGCGAUCAGAGAGAGCGAACAGGUGAAGAAGAUGAGUCGAGGAGAGGAGAAUUUGGAAGUAAAUUUGUGA